AUGGCUGACCCGGUUGAUCUCUCGCUUGCGACGCAGCCCGGCGACAUCAAUGCUGUCACUGGCUUGAUUCAAGAAUUGAGCCAACUGCAGAAGAGCCUUGAAAGUGGCGGCGAAAACACGAGGCAUGACAUGUUGGUCAAGGCACGAACCCUAAUUCAUUCUCUUCAAACGCCCCGCGAGAUCAUGAUACAGCAUACGUGGGCCGACCCCAGCUUGAAUGCAGUGCUUAUCACGGGAGUUGACAUUGGACUUUGGAAGCUUAUGGUGAAGAAUGGUGCAGAUAAGCCGCAAAGAGUUAACGAUCUUUCCCAAUCCCUCAAUGUGGAUCCUGUUCUACUCGGCCGCCUUCUACGCCAUGCUGCUGCGAUGGGUCACCUGGAAGAGGUAGGCCAAGAUGAAUACAAGCUCACAAGCUUCUCCAAGUCACUGAGCCUCGACGUGAUUGGCGAUGGUUACCUUGCUCUUCUCGGUGGCAUUGGUCGCAGUCCCAUUGAAUUUUACAAGUUCCUCCGUCAGACCAAUUGGAAGAAUCCCACCGAUGCAACUCGCACAGCUAUGCAUGCUUCAUACAAUACAGAUCUGCCAAACUGCUUCGAGUAUCUAAGAUCUAUUGGACUUGGACCUCAUACUAAUCAUCAUAUGGGAGGAUACAGGCAGGGUCGCCUACCAUGGAUGCAUCCUUCGCUAUAUCCUGUUGAGGAUCAACUAUUCCCUGGCAUGGAACGCUCCACAGAUGCGACACUUAUAGUUGAUGUUGCAGGCGGUCUAGGCCAUGAUAUACAAGAGUUCAAGAACUUAUAUCCCAAUCACCCAGGAAAACUGGUCCUCCAAGAUCUCCCAGUCGUGAUCCAAGACGUCAAAGCCAUCGACCCGUCCAUUCAGUUAAUGGCGCAUGAUUUCUUAACCGAGCAACCCAUCAAAGGCGCCAGGGUAUAUUUCAUGCACUCUGUCCUCCACGACUGGCCAGACGACGUUUGCCAACAGAUCUUAGCUCGUUUAGCCGAGGCGAUGAAGCCUGGGUAUAGCAAGCUUCUCAUUUUCGAAUGUGUGAUACCGCGAACUGGAGCCUACUGGGAAGCAACUGCUGGUGAUAUACUGAUGAUGACCCAGCUGUCGGCUCUUGAACGUACGGAGGAUAAUUGGUAUCGGCUGAUUGAGGGGAGCGGUCUCGGGCUAAAGAUUGUUAAGUUUUGGAAGUGCGGAGUCUCUAACGUGGAGAAUGUGAUAGAAUGUGAGUUAUUGUAG